AUGACAUCGGAGGUUUCUUCGCAUUGCCUAACGGAGCGCCAAAUGAAGCUGGCUGUGAAUGAUGUCGAGCGUCUGUUCAUCGGUAAGAUAGUGCCGAUCCUCAUAGUGUUCGGAAUCAGCGGCAACAUCCUCAAUCUGACAGUACUUCUCACUCCAGCUAUGAGAACGAGAUCGAACUUGCUGCUUGCGUCUCUGGCGGUGGCUGACAUCGUCUUCCUGGUGUUCAUGAUGCCUCAUUCACUCGCGCACUACAAGAUCUUCGCGUUCAGCUACUGGUUCCGUCGCCUCUACCUGGGCAAUAAGAUGCACCUCCUCGCCAUUCUCAACUGGGCGUCAGCUGCGGCGAUCUGGUUAGUUCCAAGCAAUUUUGAGUGCCAUCUUAUUGCUGAGCUUAACUAG